AUGAGGACGGGAAGGCAGUUCUUAGCAUCCGCCGGGAAGAACAGAGCCGCCGCCACCGCCACCGUUAGUAGAUUGGCGUUGUUAUGCCUCGGGCUCUUGGUUAUUGGUUUAUUUGCAAAUCUGUUCUGGGCUAUUAGUCCCUCUUCUAUCUUAGCUAACGCCGUUCAUUAUUAUUCCCCCACCCGAAUCUUCUUCGUUCCUUCUUCUCCUAACGCAAACACAGCUACUCCUUCCCAGGAGGGUAAAUCUAAGACUUCUGGGAAGAGGGUUCUAUCAGCCACAUUUGCUGAUUUGCCAGCUCCCCAGUUGAAAUGGGAACAGAUGGCCUCUGCUCCCGUGCCCCGUCUUGAUGGUGCUGCCAUUCAAAUUAAGAAUCUUCUUUACGUAUUUGCUGGUUAUGGAACCAUUAACUAUGUCCACUCUCAUGUGAACGUUUACAACUUCUCGGAUAAUUCUUGGGGAGGAAGAUUUGACAUGCCGAAAGAAAUGGCCCACUCGCAUUUGGGCAUGGCAACAGAUGGGAGGUACAUCUAUGUAGUUACCGGACAAUAUGGUCCUCAAUGUAGGGGGCCUACAGCACGAAAUUUUGUGCUUGAUACAGAGUCCAAGCAGUGGGAGGGUUUGCCUCCUCUACCGGUUCCUAGGUACGCACCCGCUACACAACUCUGGAGAGGAAGACUUCAUGUGAUGGGUGGGAGCAAAGAGAAUCGGCACACACCUGGAUUGGAGCACUGGAGUAUUGCAGUAAAAGAUGGAAAAGCUUUAGAAAAGGAGUGGAGAUCUGAGAUUCCUAUCCCCCGCGGUGGACCCCAUAGAGCUUGUGUUGUUGUGGAUGACCGACUGUAUGUCAUUGGUGGCCAGGAGGGUGACUUUAUGGCGAAACCUGGAUCACCUAUCUUUAAAUGCUCCCGUAGAAACGAGGUUGUUUACAGUGACGUAUACAUGUUAGAUGACGACAUGAAAUGGAAGAUUUUACCACCUAUGCCCAAGCCUGAUUCUCAUAUAGAGUUUGCAUGGCACAUUGUUAACAAUUCUAUUGUUAUUGUUGGCGGCACAACAGAAAAGCACCCGGAAACAAAAAAGAUGACACUUGUUGGUGAAAUAUUUCAGUUUCAACUUGAUAUGCAGUCUUUAGAUGAUUCUUUCUUUUUCCCUCUGGGUUGGGAAUAUGUAAUCUUCAAUACUAGUGUUAGGAAUUGA